ACACCCAGGCAGACCCUGACGUGUCGGGGAGGAGCCGGGCGCGGAGGUACGCGGAGUGGAGCUUGGGGCUGCGGAGGGGAGCUGAGCCGAGCGGCUGGGCGGGCCUGGCCAGGCCAGCGGAGCGGAGACGUCGGUCGAGCGGCGGCGAACAUGCGCUUUUGACACAUUGGAGGCUUUCUUGAUCAUGGAUGGUGAAGAUAUACCAGAUUUUUCAAGUUUAAAGGAGGAAACUGCUUAUUGGAAGGAACUUUCCUUGAAGUACAAGCAAAGCUUCCAGGAAGCCCGGGAUGAGCUAGUUGAAUUCCAGGAAGGAAGCAGAGAAUUAGAAGCAGAGUUGGAGGCACAAUUAGUACAGGCUGAACAAAGAAACAGAGACUUGCAGGCUGAUAACCAAAGACUGAAAUAUGAAGUGGAGGCAUUAAAGGAGAAGCUAGAGCAUCAAUAUGCACAGAGCUAUAAGCAGGUCUCAGUGUUAGAAGAUGAUUUAAGUCAGACUCGGGCCAUUAAGGAGCAGUUGCAUAAGUAUGUGAGAGAGCUGGAGCAGGCCAACGACGACCUGGAGCGAGCCAAAAGGGCAACAAUAGUUUCACUGGAAGACUUUGAACAAAGGCUAAAUCAGGCCAUUGAACGAAAUGCAUUUUUAGAAAGUGAACUUGAUGAAAAGGAAUCUUUGUUGGUCUCUGUACAGAGGUUAAAGGAUGAAGCAAGAGAUUUAAGGCAAGAACUAGCAGUUCGGGAAAGACAACAGGAAGUAACUAGAAAGUCGGCCCCUAGCUCUCCAACUCUAGACUGUGAAAAGAUGGACUCCGCUGUCCAAGCAUCACUUUCUUUGCCAGCUACCCCUGUUGGUAAAGGAACGGAGAACACUUUUCCUUCACCGAAAGCUAUACCAAAUGGUUUUGGUACCAGUCCACUAACUCCCUCUGCUAGGAUAUCAGCACUAAACAUCGUGGGGGAUCUCUUACGGAAAGUAGGGGCUUUAGAAUCCAAAUUAGCAGCUUGCAGGAAUUUUGCAAAAGACCAAGCAUCACGAAAAUCCUAUAUUUCAGGGAAUGUUAACUGUGGGGUGCUGAAUGGCAACGGCACAAAGUUCUCUCGAUCAGGGCAUACAUCUUUCUUCGACAAAGGGCAAGAAAAAGUCAUAUUUCCCACGUUGUUCAUGGGGCAGUAAACGGCUUUGACCCCGCUCCUCCUCCUCCUGGUCUGGGCUCCUCGCGUCCGUCGUCAGCACCGGGUAUGCUGCCUCUCAGUGUGUGAGUGCCCAGCCUCCAGGUGGGGGCUCCUGCCCUCCUCCAACAACCCAGGACACCCACGCCUCACCCCUCGGUGCCUGGGCCCAGCCCCGUGCCCCUCCGUCUGCCUCCGCACGGCUGGCAGAGGGCAGGCUGCAUGCAGUGGCGGCUGCUGGGCCCUGCCCAGCCCCGGAACUCUGCGCGAUAUCAAUACUGGCUAUUUUCUCUUCUCGCCGUAGUGCCGUUGGUUUCACAUGAUUGCACUUUCGUGGGUCGCAAGGUGAUACAUACGUGUAUUACUUGGUCACUGGAUGCAGAAGUACCCAUUCAUCACACCUGCCUCAUAGCCCCCACUCUGCUGUACUGAUAGGAUUUAGUUGUGUUUAGGACAUUGCAAAUCUUCUAGAAGUUCUCCCCCAAAUCAGCUCAAUGUGUGCCCUCGUGAGCUCCCACCCAGGCAUCUCCAGUGCUCAUGAUCAUGUGUCCCCCAACUCCGCCCCUCACAGUUUGGGCCUGUUUCUGGCAAAGAGUCAGGAAGGUUACUGAAUUAGGGAACAUUUUCUGCACCUUCUGAUUUUACUUCAGCAGCUACCAUUCCAUGGACUUGCCUCCCAGAGCAGCACAAUGCCUGUCUGAGCCCCACGUGGCAGGAGCCUCUGGGACGGGGUACACACAGGCCGAGCCUCUGUGCUGUCUCCUCCCCCGUGCGCCUCAGACUCGGGGUGACAGAGGCAGGCAGCCUCUCCCCAGCCUUCCCGUCCUUCAGUUCAACGACAUCUUUGGAGCGUUUUUGUUUUCUCUUCCAAGGGCCGUCCCGUUGUGUUAGGAAGGGUGAGUGGCUGGUUCCAGGGCGGGCCGGUGCCAGCUCCGGGGUGGACUGAACAGCGGCGGCUGUCCCUGUGCAUCCUUUGAUUACUCUCAUGCUGCAUUUACUGUUUACAUUUGUUUUAUUGUACAUAGGUUUGUAAACAUUAUUGCCUGAGAUAUUUGUGUAUGACUUGGGCUUUGUAGCUUUUAUUUAUUCAGAGCUCACGUGGCAUGUUAACGACUCUGAUGGUUCCUCCCCUGGGCAGCUGUAUAGGGUCAUCAUGUGGCUACAAAAAAUACUUCCCCUCAGAAAAAGUCUUUUAAUGUGGAAACAAUAAAUUUCACAGAAAAAAAGGAUUGACGUUGCUUUAUUCAGUCUCUGCCAUCCCGUGAGAGGAGAGCUGGGGUGUGUAAAGCCAGGUUCCAACGUCAUUGCUGCUCUGACAUGGGACACGUGACGGACGCACAGUAGCUGUGGAAUGGGACAGAGAUCAGGCGGCCUCUGGAGAUGUCUUAUGUGCGGAGCGGGCGUCCUCAUGCUGUUUCUUGGCACUGGCUUCUGGGCUUGGCUGUGAGUUCCAGGAGCAGUUUGAGAAUGGCCUGGGCCCCAUGUGAAAAUCUGAAAGGAAGGACCAGGAUGUUGAGGGCGGAAGUUCACAAAGUCCCAGAGUAACUGGGAUGGAUCCGGGAGCUGGUCCUGCAGCUGUGCUGCCAUUCAUGACAGAUGUUGUCAUUCUGGGAUUAGAAGUCGCUUCGAACUGGCACUUCUCCUCAUCCCUCAGGUUAAUGCUAGCAAGUGAGAGAAGGUGUCAGAUAUUUGGUAGGAAGACACGUUGAAGAACGUGUAAACUGGGGGCCUGUGUGAAUGCAUCAGAUUCUGAGCACUGUUUGCUUAUAACAACAGAAACAGUAUAUUUUAUAGUUUUAAAACUAUAAGUAAAUGAAAACGAUGUGAAUCAAAACCCUAAGAGACUUUGGGAGGCCGAGAUGGGCGGAUCACAAGGUCAGGAGUUCGAGACCAGCCUGACCAACACGGUGAAACCUCGUGUCUACUAAAAAUACAAAAAUUAGGCAUGGUGGCAGGCGCCUGUAUUCCCAGCUACUUGGGAGCCUGAGGCAGGAGAAUCGCUUGAACCUGGGAGAUGCAGGUUGCACUGAGCUGAGAUCAUGCCACUGCACUCCAGCCUGGGUGACAGAGCUAGACUCUGUCUCAAAAAAAACCCACAAAAACCCUGAGUGAACAAGAACUAUUAAGUAGGAUCCAUUGUCACACAUUUCUCUAUUAAUCUAUAGACAGGAAUAUCUGCUGUUAGUUCCUGGAGAUUUUGUCCUGAGCUGAGUCUCUAGGGACACUCGCAGUGGGUGUGUGCUGUGCUCAGCUGAGCUGCAGUGGCUGAGAGGACAAUCCGAAGCCUGUUGUUGAUGUGCAGCAACUUCCAGAUCUUUCCCAGCCCUCAUUGGAAGGAUUGGAUUAGAUGAGAGCUCUCAACAUUUAGCCGACCUCUUUAUUUACGUAGGAACCCCAACUAAAACACAGCAAGCAGGGCUUUCACGGUAAAGCACAGAUGAUGUUUGGAGCCCUGAAUCUUCGUCCCUGGCUCCCCAAAUGCUUUCUCACUUCCUUUGCAUCUGAACACCCUGGGCUUCUCUUAUCCAGACUCUGCUGCCAAUUGCUGGUCACUCAGUUGAUAGCUGGAGGCAGGGCCCUGGCUACAGGGGCCCACAUGUCAUCCACUGCAUGUCACCACUGCUCUGGGUCCAGAAGAGCCUGGGCCAGGUCCCUGGAGGGGUAGCAGUGUGCUCUUGGGCUUAUUUCUGAUCCCUUUGGGAAGAGACUUUCACUUUAAAAAUUAAAAAAAAAAUUUUCUUAGCUAGUCUAAUUUAGCAGUGGGGGGUUAUAUACCAACUUUAGUGACUUUUUUUUUUUUUUUUUUUGAGAUGGAGUCUCGCUCUGUCGCCCAGGCUGGAGUGCAGUGGCGUGAUCUUGGCUCACUGCAACCUCCACCUCCCAGGUUCCAGCGAUUCUCCUGACUCAGCCUCCUAAGCAGCUGGUACUACAGGUGCCCCCCGCCAUGCCCGGCUAAUUUUUUUUUUUUUUUGUAUUUUUAGUAGAGGCAGGGUUUCACCAUGUUGUUCAGGCUGGCCUUGAACUCUUGACCUCAGGUAAUCCACCCGCCUCGGCCUCCCAAAGUUCUGGGAUUACAGGCGUGAGCCACCAUGGCCAGCCUUAGUGACAUUUUUUUUGUGGCUGUAGCAGCUCUUGGCAAAUGACCCCCCGUGAGGAAAGCAGCUGACUCCCUGGACCUCAUCUCCUGCUUUCUGUUUGGACCGUGGGGUGUAAGAUGCUACUUUGGACAUGGUCAGAGAGAGCAUCUGCCACCUGGCAUGAAUGCUGCUAUGUACUGUUUGCCUGUCUAGCUAAAGAGUGCCUCUGUGUGGGUUUUCUUCCUGGAGCUGCCGCGUACCUGGUUUCGCGUCGCUCUCCAUGAAACCCCGGGAAUGAGCCCUCCUUGAGCCGCGUCUGGGUGCCAUUCCUCCCUGCUGGUGGGGCUGAUCUCCUGGGUGGUGGACAGCCUCUUGCCUCCAGGUGUUUUCAUUUCAGCCGCUCAGUCCCAUCCCUCCCUCCCAAAUGUCCUCUUAUAAGAAGUAGUAGCCAGCUCUCCACUUCCUUCAGCCCAGAGUGGCCAGAAAUGACCCCUGACCAAUGCAGCUGAGACCCAGGAGCCAAAGCUGGGACCUUGAGUCACAGUGAGGCCUGCAAGAACUAUACAGAGGUGACCUGAGGACAGGACACAGUGCUCUGACCUCAGGUGGCAGAAAGGACAGUGGGCCCGGGUUUGAGUUGCCUGAGCUUGCACGGCUAAUUCAUGGUGAAGCUAGGCUUGGGCACGAGCCCAGUCUUUUUCUGCUGUGCCUUUCCAAACUUGACGCCUCGCUGGCCUUGACUCCCACGCUCUGUCCUGUGCCUCGGGAGAGGAGCAGGUUUUGAAGGCUUGGAAAUGACGAGUGGCGGGGCCAGCACAGCCUUUGCAGGAGGAGGAAUCGGUUCACGUAGCCUUCCUCCUGUGCCCGCUGUGCGUGCUGACUCUGCCUUUCUUGGCAGCUGCCCCAGAGACGCCACUAGUGUGCGUCUCCUGAGAGCCAAGGUGGAAUCUGGCACUUCUGGGAGAGGGGAGGCAUGCUGGGUGGAGCCACAGCUUUAGGGAGGGCCCUGUAGCCAGCUCUGCCCCCUCCCCGACCGUAACAGUGUUGUGCUCUGUCUCAUGGUAUGUGUUGGUGAAACAGCAUUCCUGAAAAGCAGGUUCCAGUGAGGCUCCAGAAUUUCCUUCUAAGCUGCUGAUGCUCAUUCUGCAAGUUUUUUUUUUUGUUGUUGUUUUUUUUGAGACAGAUUUUCGCUCGUUGCCCAGGCUGGAGUGCAAUGGCAUGAUCGUGGCUCACUGCAACCUCUGCCUCCCAGGUUCAAGCGAUUCUCCUGCCUCAGCCUCCCAAGUAGCUGGGAUUACAGGCAUGUGCCGCCAUGCCCGGCUAAUUUUGUAUUUCCCAUUCUGCAAAUUUUGAUGCUGUGCUUUAUCGAUCUUGCCAGGAGUCGGGCAAUGACACCAUCACAGCUGCGCCUACUGACAGUGAUUGUGAGAUACAGGAGAUGUGGCCCACGUGAAGCCGGGGGCACCUUGGCACCUGUGCAGUAUGGUACAUACUUGGGAGAGGCAGUGCUCUGCAUGGGGAUCUGUGAGACCCAGUUUGUCGGUUAUGUCACGUUAUCUCUCGAAUAAGGCUUUGUGACAUCCAGUCAGCUGGAAUGGAGCCUGUUACUGGGCUGCCUAGUCUCAGUAGGGGUUGAAGGCUGGGGCCACACUUUCUGCCCAGUUUAUAGGCUCUGUAGCUACAGUGAAUGUCUCUGAAAAAGCAGUAGCAUGAUGGACUUACACCCUUUCAAUAGCUUCAUAUAAGAUUCCCAACAAGAAUGAGGUACUUCACAAUCUGCUGGAUUCCCAAAUGGCAGGUGCCUACAAAAGGAAGUGGACUUCUCUGUCUGGUCCUGACAGCUGGCUCAGGACGGCAUUUUGGCAAACACUCAACAUCUGGGAAAGCUCUUGGUGUGGAUGUGGAAAGGGAGGAAAGGUGGAAAGGGAGGAAAGGUGGAAAGCGAGGAAAGGUGGAAAGGGAGGAAAGGUGGAAAAGGGAGGAAAGGUGGAAAGGGAGCGGUGCUUUCUCGCGUCCCUUCCGGAGACUGGGAAGCCUGUGUGGGUGGGGCCUCGCAAGGGGAGACCUGCCUGGAACUCGAGGGAGAGGAGUCACCACUACUUCCUAAUGAUUCCAACCUGGAGCCUGUUCUGGCUUUUCUCUUUUCUGGGGGGAUGAAGGAAGAGCAGGAAAGUGUGGUUUGGCGACAGAAAGCUCUCUUCUCCAGUCUUGACAUGGACAUGUCUGUCCGUCAGCAGCACCGGCCUCUGGGGAAAAGGGCCCUGGGUCAGUCACACCCAGAGCCAUAGGAAGGGCUGGCUAGCAGAACAGCUUGGCCUUACGGCCCACAGUUCAUCUUAGCUGAGGUUUCCUGGGACAGGAAAAAUUGGUGACACAAUGAUGUGACAAAUCUAUAGCUUGAUGCCAUCAGGAAUUGGAAGUGUCCCCUCAAGCCAGUAGGCUAGAAAUAGGUGUUAUCAGCUGGGCAUGGUGGCUCACACCUGUAAUCCCAGCACUUUGGGAGGGAGGCCAAGGCAGGAGGAAUCACAUGAGGCCAGGAGUUCAAAACCAGCCUGUCCAACAUGGUGAAACCCCGUUUCU